UGAUUGCGAAACACAUCAAGAAAUCACUCGGUGAACUUUACGGUCUAGUCGAUCCUUAAGUUCCUUGUCGGCGUGCGGGGUUGUUGUCCGACACCAUUAGCGGAGUUUUAAUUCUGCUCUCGUUGCUGCUGCUAUUUGGACUUCCGUUCACCUCCAACUUUUCUUUAAAGAGUCCCAUUCUAUCUCACCCGAGAUAGAGGUUUGUCUGUGGCGUCGGUGGUGCUGCAGGAUCCCAUCAGAUCGCGGUAUCAUAGGUCAGCCUUAUUUUUAGCCGUGACGCCAUCAUGUCUUUAGCUCAGUCGCAAUUCCCACCCGCGGACAUGGGUAAAAAUCCUGAUAGUGGAGAUAUACGUGAGCAGUUUGGCGACAACCGCGACGAUGUGGAAUCGGGUAGCGAGCCAGAUAUUGCCGACAUUGAGCGCAUUUACAGGAAGCUGGAUUUGCGCAUCAUCCCCGCCUUCUGGGUUCUUUAUUUCCUCUGCGCAGCCGUCCGGUCCAAUGUUUCACUAGCCCAAACGAUGAACAUAGACACCAACCACACUAUUUUCGACGUUCUGCACGUGAAUGACCACCAAGUCUCAACUGCUCUCGCCUUAUUCUACGUGUGCUAUGUCAUUUUCGACCUGCCAUCAAAUCUGAUCAUGUCCAGACUCAGUCCACAUGUCUGGAUGAGUCGCAUUGUCAUUAGUGUCGGCGUCAUUGGCACCUGCAUGACCGCCAUGAAAGCCGCCUGGAGUUUCUACCUCCUACGUCUACUUCUUGGUAUCGUCAUCGCGGGCAUGUGGCCCGGCAUGGCCUACUACCUCACCCUCUUUUACCCUCCGUCUCGAACAGGGAAGCGGAUUGGCCAAUACUACACAGCAGCGCAGCUUUCCGCCGCAGCUGUCGGGCUGGUCUCGGCCGGAUUCCAAAAGAUGGACGGUGUCCGAGGCUACGCCGGGUUUCAGUGGAUGUUCCUGGUAUGGGGUGUCAUAACAAUCGCCGUCGGCAUCCUUCUCCUCUGGUGGCUCCCAGACCGGCCCACACCCCCAGGCGAACAGCCCCCGAAGAGGAAAUACCUACGGUGGUUUCCGCGCAGUGCACCUGCUCUGACCGGCCGGGACGCUGAAAUCCACUACCACGACCUGAAACGCGUGUACCAUCGCUCAGCAUGGACGCUCCAAGACCUCCUCCGCGUGUUCCUCGACUGGCGCCUGUGGCCCCUCCUCAUCAUGUACUUCGGUGUAGUGGGUGUCGGUAUCGGCGUUCAAAGCUACGCCACGGUGAUCAUCAAAGCCAUCAACCCGAAUCUCAGCGGAAUAGACCUCAGUCUCCUCUCCGCCCCAAUCUGGCUCAUGGACCUAGCCGCCAUCCUCCUCGUAACCCCCUUCUCCGACCGCUUCCACCGCCACCGUGCCCUCUUUUUCUCUGUCCCCGUCCUCCUCCAAAUCCUCGGCCUCCUCCUCACCACCUACGCCGGCACAGACACCAACUCCUGGCCCCGCUACGGCGGCCUCCUAAUCGUCGGCUUCGGCCUCGGCCCCACAGUCCCCAUCACCAUGACCUGGACCACCGAGAUCUUCCAACCCCGCCACGGCGAAGUCGGCGUCGCAGCCGCCUCCGCCAUCGUCUCCGGCCUAGGCAAUCUGGGCAGUAUCGUAACGACCUACGCCCUAUACAACGGCUGGGCCGAGGACCGCGCCGCGCCCGGCCGUCUCAAGUUCCGGAAAAGCAACCUAGUCAUGGUGGGCAUUCUGUGCGGAAGCAUCCUCGCCGCGGUAACCAUGCAGAUCCUGGUCCGGGUGAUUGACGGACGCAAGGGCGAUGAGAAUGACCCGGACAAGAUCGUGGAUGGAGCCGCUAGACGCGAGGCACAGCAGAGGGGUCUCGAUGGAUUGGGCUCGGGGGUAUUUUCUCUUUUCAAGAAGAGGAGGAACAACUAACUAACUCAUCCGUCAAUUAUUGCGUACGUACACUAUAU